AUGAGUAUCGGUACGGAAUGGAACGUACAAGAAAUGAAAAAUAGAACGUACAAGAAAUCACAAGUUGUUAUAGCCAAUGACAAAGACGACCUAGAAUACAUGGCACGAAAGCUACAAGAGGAAUAUAGUGUAACAUUCGACAGAACUGCAACCAACAACAGAGAAAUUCAAGCAAGAACAACACAAGCUAGAAGAAUUAUCGGAUGCAUAAAUGAAAUCCUCUGGAGUAGUGAAAUUAGCAAACAAAGGAAAUAUAACGUCUACAACACUUCGGUAAAAAGCAGCCUACUAUACGGAGCAGAGACUUGGCGCAUCACUGAACAGAACAAAAGAAAGCUAGAGGCAGUAGAGAUGGACGCAAUAAAAAGAUCAUUGAGAAUAUCAAGAAAAGAUCGAAUUCAAAACGAGGAAGUACGUAGAAGGAUGGGUAUUGACGGAACACUAUACGACGAUAUUGAAAGGAUGCAAUUGAUCUGGUAUGGCCAUGUUCAAAGAAUGGGAGAAGAAAGACUUCCAAAAAAGAUAAUGAAAUGGGUUCCUCAACAACGCUGUAAACGUGGAAGACCAAAGAAAACCUGGAAGGAAGGAGUGGUGAGAGCCAUGAGUACGAGAGAUCUGAGAGACGGUCAAUGGGACAACAGACGGGAAUGA